GUGGCAGGGUCCUGAGGAGGCUGGGGUCACUGGGAUUCCUGUGGAAGCUUCUGUGGAAGUUGCGACAUGUUCCUGGGGCUCCUGAUCUCCCUGCUCCUCAGCUGUGGGCCCCUGGGGGCCCAUGGCUCCAGCCCGGCGGACAACCUCCUAGUCUUAACUGUGGCCACGGAAGAGACAGACGGCUUCAGAAGGUUCCAGAGAUCAGCGCAGUGCUUCAACUACAAAGUCAAGGUGAUGGGAAGUGGAGAAGAAUGGCACGGGGAUGGACAGAAAGUCAGACUCCUGAAGACCGCUUUGGAGCAAUAUGCAGAUAAUGAAGAACUCGUCAUCCUCUUCGCUGAAAGCUAUGACACGGUGUUCGCCUCAGGUCCAGGAGAACUCCUCAAGAAGUUCAAGCAAGCUAAAAGCAAAGUGGUUUUCUUAGCAGAAGCAGUGGCUUAUCCUGAGCGGCGGCUGGAGCCCAAGUAUCCAUCUGUCAUAGAGGGCAAGCGCUUUCUGGGCUCUGCAGCUUUUAUAGGCUACGCUUCACAUCUGCAUAAACUGGUAUCAGACUGGGAUGGAGCUGAUGAAGAUAGUGACCAACUAUUUUACACCAAGAUCUUCUUAGACCCAGUGAAAAGAGAGAAGAUUAACAUCACCUUAGAUCACAGGUGUCGAAUCUUCCAGAAUCUUCAUGGUUCGGAGGGGGAUGUUGUGUUAAAGUUUGAGAAUGGGAGAGUGAGAGCCCGGAAUAUGGUUUAUGACACUCUUCCUGUGCUAAUAAAUGGGAAUGGACCAUCCAAGCUUCUUAUGAACUACAUGGGAAAUUACAUUCCUCGUGUAUGGACCUUCGAGACUGGCUGUGUCAUCUGUGAAGAAGGCUUGAGAAGCCUGCAAGAAUUUAAGACUGACGAUUCCUUCCCAUUGGUCGUAGUUGGCAUCUUCAUCGAGCAGCCAACGCCAUUUGUUUCUGAGUUUUUCAAAAGAUUGACUAACUUGCAGUAUCCAAAAAAAAGAAUUCAGCUUUAUAUUGCCAACCAUGAACUUCAUCACCAGAAACAUGUGGAGAAAUUUCUGCAGGAACACAGCUCAGGAUACAACAACAUCAAAAAUGUAGGACCUGAGGAAACGUCUAACUUUGCUGAAGCUCGUAAUGCUGGAAUGGACAUCUGCCGCCAGAACCCAGAGUGUGAAUAUUACUUUUCCAUUGAUGUCCAGGUGGUUCUAAAAAAUGCCAGUGUGCUGCGGACUCUCAUUGAACAGAACAAGUCACUCAUUGUUCCCAUGGUCAGCCGCCUUCAGGAUCUGUGGUCCAACUUUUGGGGUGCUUUGAGUUCAGAUGGGUUUUAUGCUCGGUCAGAGGAUUAUAUAGACAUUGUUCAAAGACAAAGAAUUGGAAUCUGGAAUGUCCCUUACAUCACUAACGUCUACUUGGUGAAAGGCAGUGUCCUGAGGAAACCACUGAGCCAGUAUGAUCUGUUCCACAGCGGAAGUCUGGAUCCAGACAUGGCAUUCUGUGACAAUGUGCGCAGAAAGGGAGUCUUCAUGUUUGUGACGAACAGACAAGUAUUUGGCCACAUCCUCUCCUUGGAAAACUACAAGACGACUAAUCUUCACAAUGACCUGUGGCAGAUAUUUGAGAACAUCCAGGAUUGGAAAGAAAAAUACAUUCACCCCAAUCACACGUUGGCCCUGAAAGGCAAGCAGAUAGAAUCGCCAUGUCCAGACGUGUACUGGUUCCCAAUAUUUACUGAAACAGCUUGUAAUGAGAUUGUGGAAGAAAUGGAACACAAUGGUCAGUGGUCAAAAGGAAACAACAAGGAUGAGAGAUUGCAAGGAGGAUAUGAAAAUGUUCCAACAAUUGAUAUUCACAUGAACCAAAUCAGUUAUGAGAAGGAAUGGCAAAAAUUGCUGCUGGACUUUGUUGCGCCCAUUACAGAGAAAAUGUUUCCAGGUUAUUAUACUCAGGCUCAGUUUGAAUUGGCCUUUGUCGUACGGUACAGACCUGAUGAACAGCCAUCCCUUGUUCCGCACCACGAUGCAUCGACCUUUACUAUUAAUAUAGCUCUGAACAGCGUGGGACAGGAUUAUGAGGGAGGUGGCUGCAAUUUCAUCCGCUACAACUGUUCCAUAAGAGCCCCGAGGAAAGGAUGGGCCUUGAUGCACCCAGGACGACUGACUCAUUACCACGAGGGACUCCCAACCACAAAAGGAACCCGAUACAUUGCAGUCUCCUUUGUGGAUCCUUAAGCUGUACUUGUCUUACAAGAACUUUGGAGAAGUUACAAUGUAACACUGAUAAAGUAUUAGGAGGCUGAGGCUGUAUUAGCAGGACAGAGAUUACCGGUUGGCACAAUUAACAUUAUCUUUUUGGAUAAGUACCUUUUAUAAUCUGUGAAUUCGAAACGGUUCAGAGCGACUCACACUGGCUUGGCAGCGAACAAAUGGCAAAUACAAGAAUGAUUUGUCUCUCUCUUUGUCUUAAAUCAGCCUCAGGUUCCAGAUCUCCCUUCUGUAUAUUUAAGAUAAAUUUUUGUUAUCAUUCCAUGUCUGUUGAGUUUUAUGUAAAGUUUGUGGUGCUGUGUACACCAUGUUUUUGUGGUAAAUAGGGGAUCUCACAAAAUGUCAGUCCUGUACAUUUCACUAUGGAAGGGCGCACCCUGAGAAUGUGACAAUAAGGGGCAGAAUAGUAGCAGCAGCUUUGUUUUAAUAAUAAAGGAAAUUUAGUUUUAACUAUUUUAUAUGUCAACUUGAAUAACUAUCCCCCUCCAUCCCCAAAAGAGUAAAUAAGUACCUUUUCAUUGAAAAAAAAAAAUGUUUAGCCUUUUUUCAUCCUCUUAUGCCUCUUAAGUUCUAGUCAUCCAUUUCUUGGCUAUACAAUUUCUUAGGAAUGGUGGGUUACAAGCUACGGUAGGUGGCCCAGCAUUAUAGCUUCCACACGGUUUGAUUCCUGAAUGAUAUUUUUAUAUGACCAAAUGUUCAUCAUAUUCUUGAUGCUAUUCAAUAUGCCUGUAAAGCUGGGUGAUAUACAAUGCUUUCUCUUGGAGGGAGAUUUAUUAAAGGGGGGGGGUCCUACUUCAGACUUUUAUGGCCUAUCCAUAGGAUAUGGCAUAAAAGUCCAACAGAUCCAACUUCCACCUCUGGGACCUGUAUCCAUCUCAAGAAUGGGGUCCUGUUUGGUGGCUGUAGUCUAUGGAGAGAUAGAAGUGGGGCCCCCAUCUAUCGGACUACAGUCUGAGAUGGAGUGCCCCUUUUGAAGAUUGACAUUUUAUAUGCCAGACCAAAAACUGAUAAUUGGAGUGAACUGUGCCAAAUUUAUUAAACGACACAUAUCUUUUAAGAAAUUUUCUAGCGUUAGAUUGAAUAGAUUUGCAGCAAAAAUUGCACCAUUUACCUCCUUUAGUAUUAAUAAAUCUGUCCAAAAGUUUUAAAACUCAACCCCAGUAAACCAUAUUCAUUUUGCCAAACACAAGAUAAAUUUUUGUGCAAAAACUUGCUGCAAAGCUGUUGAUAAAUGACCCCCUUGGUGUUUCCAAGCAAUGGCCUGAAGCAGGAACCACGAACAAUCAAGAGUAAAUCCAUCAUUACCCGGGGCCUGUAGUCACUGUUCACACAAGUGCUAUAAUAGUGCACAUUUAUUUAGUAAUGCGAGCUAGGCAUAACCAGCUGCUAACAGAGAGUCCGUUUAUUAGGGUCCUUUUUACAUGGGGCAAUACUGAUCCAAACAAGCACGGAUCGGCGAUAUGGUUCUCGUUUAAAGAGCCUUUUCACAUGGCCCAAAGCAAAGUGAAUGGGGAACAAACAAUAAUUAUUGCUAUCAUUCAAUUUGCAAAUGGUUAGCAGAACAUACCGUUUCAUGGUGCCUUAUGCGUGACAAACACAUGUACAUGGGCCAGUUAUUGGAAAUGUGCAUUCGUUUGAACCCUUGUUUCUCCUAAUUAGCCCGAUCAUCUGCAGUUGUAAAAAGGCCAUUAGUUAAAGGGGUUCUCUGGACUUUACAUAUUGAUGUCCUGUAGGUCAUCAAUACUGAGAUUGGUGGGGGUCCAACUUCAGGCAUCCCCAAUCAGCUUUCUGAGGACGCCUCCUUGCAGCUUGCCAAGCCGUCCAUUAUAUAGCAGCUUUGCUUGGCAUUGCAGCCCAGACCCAUUCACUUGAAUGUGGCUGAGCUGCCCCUAGGCCAUGCGACCAAUGAACGUGACGUCACAUGGCCUUUAUACAGCUGAUUGGCAGGAUUCCUGGGAGACCCUCGACGAUCUCAUAUUGAUGACUUAUCCUGAGGAUAGGCCAUAAAUAUGUAAAUCCCAGAAAACCCCUUUAAGCGAGAUUUCCACCAUGAGUUAAUUAGUUUUUGAACAACUUUGUUCUGUGCUUUUUAGCAGUGUCUUUAUAUCACCAGCGAGAGAUGCUUAUUUAUUGCCUUCCCUUACAGGUGUUCUCUGUGUGCCAGCAUCAUCUGUAUUAUAGUAAAAGUAUAUAAAACGUUACUGAUACAAUGAAUUGGCUACAAAGCAUAGAAUAGGGAGCUUGUACAUCAGAAUGAAAAUGGUUGCACUUGUCUCCUCUAUGUUCGCUCUGCAUUACGCAGUAUAGCCGGUCAGUGACCAUGAGAUCCACCGAACAACUAUUGUGCUCCUGGGUAUGAGCUUUCGGGACCCGGAGCUUCUGAGAUUGUGAUAUUUGUAUAUUGUGUAGCAAGCAGCAGAUGGAUCUCAGGAUUAAAUGGUCUUUUGCUUUCUGUAAACCAUAUUCUGGUCACAAUCAUCACGUCCACAGUGUCUCUGCAAGAACCUUUACUGUUUUGUACAGUUUGUUAGGACUUUUACAUUAAAAGACUUGUUUUGUCUGUGA